AUCUUGUACACCUCGAUCAGGUCACCCCUCAGUCUUCUCUGCUCCAAUGAAAACGUCCCAAGUCUAUCCAACCUCUCUUCACAACUUAAAAGUUUCAUCCCAGGCAACAUCCUGGUAUAUUAAAUGGCAAGGAUUUGCAGAUUGGAAACCGAAACCAAACAUCACAUUAAGAUCUGACAGAAUGACUUGAUUCAUCGGAACUUGAUAUUAUCGGCCUCAAAGGACACCACCAAAUAUUGCCAAUCCCCAGUUGCCUGUGAGGAAGAUGAUGUUUGACCUUCUUGAACCGCUGCAGUCCGUGUGGUGAAGGUGCUCCCACAAUGCUGUUAGGGGAUUCGAAGGGGAGGAUUUGCAGUCGGGAAACUGAAACUAAACAUCACAUCAGGAUCUGACGGAGUCGCCCUAUUGAACAUGGACGGACAAAGCACCGUUCAUGCUGGGGAGAUACCGUGGAAAUGUGGGGAUUGUGGGAUGGGAUUCAGAUUCCCAUCUGAGCUGGAAACUCAUCGACGCACUCACACUGGGGAGAGACCGUUCACCUGCUUCGUAUGUGGGAAGGGAUUUACUCGAUCGUCCAGCCUGUUGAGACACCAGCGAGUUCACACUGGGGAGAAGCCGUUUGCCUGCCCUGAUUGUGGGAGUGGAUUUACGCGAUCAUCAGGGCUGGUACAACACCAGCGAGUUCACACAGGGGAGAGACCGUUCACCUGCCCCGAGUGUGGGCAGGAGUUCACCCGAUCAUCAGGACUGCAUCAACACCAGCAACUUCACACUGGGGAGAGACCGUUCACCUGCUCCCAGUGUGGGAAGGGAUUCACUGAGUCAUCCUUCCUGCUGAGACACCAGCGAGUUCACACAGGGGAGAGACCAUUCACCUGCUCCGAGUGUGGGAUGGGAUUCAUUCAAUUAUCGCAUCUGCUGACACACCAGCGAGUUCACACUGACGAGAGACCUUUUAAAUGUGCAGACUGCGGGAAAUGCUACAAAAGUUCCGGGAACCUGAUGUCCCAUCAACGUGUUCACACUGACGAGAGACCAUUCAGGUGCUCUCACUGUGGGACUGGGUUCAGGGAAUCAUCUCAACUCACUAUACACCAGCGAACUCACACUGGGGAGAGACCAUUCACCUGCUCCAAGUGUGGGAAGGGAUUCACUCGGUCAUCCAGCCUGCUGAGACAUCAGCAAGUUCACAAGUAACUCAGAACAUUGAGUGGAUUUUCCUGUUAGUCACAUCCAGGACUGAACCAUGUACAUUGGGGUCUGUUUCUGCUGAUGUUAGUAAAUUUCAGCCCAGUUAUAGGUUUAAUAUUAAAAAAAAUAUAAUGUGAUAAAGUCAAAUA